AUGCCCAGCUUUUCUCUGCUGCUGCUGCUGCUCUGGGGCCUGGGGUCUCAUGGCCUCCCAGCAACUCCAGAAACCCAAGAGCAAGAUGAGGAACUAGUCCAGAAAUACCUAGAAAACUACUACAACUUGAAGAGCGGAAUCAAGCAAUUCCGAGGGCAGAGAAAAAGUGGCCCAGUAGUUGAAAAGCUGAAGCAAAUGCAGGCAUUCUUCGGGCUGAAGGUGACUGGGAAGCCAGAUGCUGAGAUCCUGAAGGUGAUGAAGCAGCCCAGGUGUGGGGUGCCCGACGUGGGCUAUUUUGACAGCGCCCAUGGGAGCUAUCGUUGGCAGAGAACAAACCUGACCUACAGGAUCAAAAACCGCACACCAGAUUUGCCUCCAGGGGACGUGGACCGUGCCAUUGGGAAAGCCUUUGAACUCUGGAGCAAUGCGGCAGACCUGACUUUCACCCAGGUCUUUGAGGGUGAAGCAGACAUAAUGCUAUCCUUUGUGUGGGGAGAUCAUGGUGACAAUUCUCCCUUUUACGGACGUGGUAGUAAUUACCUGGCUCAUGCAUUCCCACCGGGACAAGGCUUAGGGGGAGAUGUCCAUUUUAAUGAAGAUGAAACAUGGAGCAACGAUCUCAGAAGCAGUAAGUACUGGGUCGCUAAGGGGAACGAGUUGCUGUACAGCUACCCCAGGGACAUCUACAGCUCUUUCGGCUUCCCCGAAAGAGUGAAGAGAAUUGAUGCCGCCGUUCACGAGGAGGAAACUGGAAAGACGCACUUCUUUGUUGCCAACGAGCACUGGAGGUAUGAUGAAAACAGGCAGUUCAUGGAUGUAGGCUAUCCCAAAAAGAUCAUUGACAGCUUCCCUGGAAUUGGUACAAAAGUUGAUGCCGUGUUCCAUGAUAAAGGUUUUUUCUAUGUCUUUCAAGGAACAAGGCAGUACAUACUUGAUCCUAAAACAAAGCGAGUUUUGAGUUUGCUGAAAUCUAACAGCUGGUUCAAUUGCAGAAAUAACUGA